UAAGAAAUGGAAUCUAGUAGUUGGCAACAUUAUGCGUGAAUGACACAUUCUUCUCGUCGUUGUUCAUCUACGAAAAAAUAAAUUUCGAUAAUGGUGGACCGCUUAGUAAAUAGCGAGGCCAAUGCUCGAAGGAUUGCUAUGGUGGAGAACUGCUUCGGCAGUUCGGGGCAGCCUUUGGCAGAACAAGGCCGAGUUUUGGUGGGAGAGGGUGUCCUGACCAAGAUGUGCCGAAAGAAGCCAAAAGCUCGGCAAUUCUUCCUGUUCAAUGACAUUCUCGUGUAUGGCAACAUUGUCAUCAACAAAAAGAAAUAUAAUAAACAACAUGUCAUUCCAUUGGAGGAAGUGAAAUUGGAGUCACUUAAGGACGAAGGCCAGUUCCGUAAUGGCUGGCUGAUACGGACCGCGUCUAAAUCGUUCGCUGUAUACGCUGCCACUGCGACAGAGAAGGAAGAAUGGAUGGCCCACAUAGAGAAAUGCAUAGAAGACUUGCUCAGAAAGAGUGGCAAGCAGCCGCCUUCGGAGCACGCGGCGGUGUGGGUCCCCGACAACGAGGCUUCCAUAUGCAUGCACUGCAAGAAGACACAGUUUACCGUCAUCAACAGGAGGCACCACUGCAGGAAAUGCGGGUCGGUGGUAUGCGGGCCGUGCUCAUCGAAGAAGUUCUUACUGCGCGGCCAGAGCGACAAGCCGCUGCGUGUGUGCCUGCAGUGCUUCGACGAGCUCAGCCGCGAGCGCUCGCGCGUCAACGCGCCGCCCGCCACCAACACGCCCGUGAAACCGUCGGCGGACGCGGCUGGCUCCGGCGGCGAUUCAUCCGGGGAUGACGACAGUGACGACGAAGAUGACCGCGUCGGUGAAGAGAAGCACGACGAGCCAAAGUUCUACGGUGAUGGUGAUAAGACUGAAGACACCAACAAUCAUUCGUCCAAGGAGACCACCAAGUGAAACCACCUUAUGAAACCGCUUCCCAAUACAGGAUUUUAUUCUUUAAGUAAACUAAUCUUCAUCUGAAUUGUUUGCAGUGUUACCGCAAAACAUGAGCUGGUGAGCAUUUUAAUUUAGUUAGUUUGAAUGAGUAUAGCGCAGUGAGGGAAGGUUCCGGAAACCCCUAUACUUACAAAUCACGAAUCGUUCUGAAUACACGCCACAAAGGAAGUCUUGUGGAUUUUUACCGACUUCAAAAAAGGAGGAGGUUCUCAAUUCGACCGUAUAUUUUUUUAAUAGAACUAAUUGGCAAGUCAUAACAAUUCAAUGCGGAAUCUGCGACAACAGCGCCGCAGCUGCGGGACUUUUCGUGGCGCGGUCUCUAGAAGAAAUAAUCGUAGUCGUUGAAUUGACAAUUGUUUUUUUUUAUAUUUUAAAUAUAAUAUUGUUGCCAUAAUAUUCGUUUUCUUGAUUUUUUUUUGUGUUUUUUGGCCUGGCCUCCUUGCCAUGGCAAUGUCCUGGAUGGUCUAUGCACCCAGUUCAGACCAAAAACCACCCAAAAAAACGAAUAUGGAAAUGAUAUGUAAAAAUUCAUUCUCUCUCCCUAUUUAAGAGCUGCGCUCUUGUCGGUGGAGUAAAAAAAAAGAGACGUGGAGUAAAAUUUAUUAACUACGAUUAAUUCUGCGACGUGCCAAAAUCAGCUAACUGUAGCAUUGGUAUAGUACAUUUAUAGGCCCAAUAAAUAAAGAGGGUAAGUCUCGUAAGAAACGAACGUUCAAAAGCGGCACAAACCCGGAACCGACAUUUGAUAAUAAAAUACUGUUUAUUCACCUUAUUUAGGGAUUUACACCUCCCGCACUGCGCAGAUAAGUUGCCUGAGUUAGCUGGCACACCUUUAAAACAUUCCCCACAAAUCAAACUGUUUCUUCCACACGACGAAAUUUCUCCAGUGAUUUAGAAUAGUCACGAUCGUGGUAGCAUUGCAAACUACUCGCUUUAUAAACAAAGUUAUAUUUUUGGCACUAAAAUAUUUUCAAACCCCAAACAAUUCCAAUGGCAAUUGCGUUUUCUAAGGAUUUUUCACCACAAUGGCCUUCUAUUCUACGUUAGAUAGAAUACAAAUAAAUAAUAGAUUACUGUUGCGUUGUAAAAAAAUGGCGUGGAUUCGGGCAACCACAACCUUAAAUUUUAACUUAAUUUGACAGCACUAAAACUAGCUCCAUCUCUUUCUUAGUACGUAUUGUUAGUGAAGGACGGCACUAAUGAAAGAGCUGUCAAAUUAAAAUUAGGUUAAGCUUGUGUCCGCCCGAUUGAGCACCAAUGUAUCGAGAGAGUCGGCCUAAAUAGGUUUAUAGAAAGAUGUUUUCCAAUUUUGUAAGUGGAUGUAAAUAUCGUACUGGGAUUUUAGUAUUGGUUCGCAUGCAGCUUUAAAGUCGCUCAAACGUGAACUGAGAGCAAAUUACCCACAGGAUGAAGGGUAAAGUUUUUAUUUAACUUAAAUUAUAUUUAUUAUUACUACUUAGGCUACGAUUAUCAUGGUUCUAACGGAUGUUUUAACAUAUUAUUUAGGCUUACUUUUUAAUGUUAUUUCAAUACAUAUUUAAUAUUAUACAUGAGUUAGCAUAUUUUAUUGUGAACUUUAUGAUAGUUUAUAUUUUGCUAUUUCAAUUGUUAACUGCGGGUUGGUUUGCUGGCGAUUGAGUCUUGCUAAAUGUUGUAACGUCAAUUUGAUACUAGGCCUAAUAAAUCUUGACGUUAUAAUUUAGUUGGAUUUUCGUCGACUGUAAAUAAAUGCCGUAACAUUGUAUGUAUAUUAGGAAUUUAGUUGUAAGAGGUGCAUUGAUUAGCAUAUUUUGGAUUCCAAUAUGGAAGCCCGUUUACAAGUGACAUUUGUAGAAGAAUUUGAUAAAUAUCAAAGUUUGUCGCUGUGAAACUGAGUAGCAAAAUAUUAUUUUCCGAUGUGAAAAUUCCUUUUAAAUUAAAUUUUAUAGUUCCAAUAUUUUGGCUAAAUAUGAUAAAAUUACGAUUAUUCCUUCUUGGUACCUAACUGAUGUAAAGUAACAUGUUAACACCCUAUGUACUGUUUCUGUUAAUUCCCAAAAUAUUGCUAAGCGAAAUAUAUUAAGAUUUGUUUAAUUUUCAGUUGACAAAUAUACAAUAAUAUUUUUACAA